ACUUCUCUAGCAAUCAAGAAAGUGGACCGACAGUGCAUCUGUCUUUUCUUCCACGCAUGGCUUCCUAGUUCCAACAAACAAAACUUCUGCGGUAUAAAGUUCUGGGUGCUUAAGCAGACGGUGUCCCCGCUUUGAAGGAUGGACCAUUUAAUAAGGACCAGGACGCGCAGGAGAAUACAGCUAUGUAUUUUUAUCCUGCUUCAUCUAACGACAACAAAAGCCGAUGACCCCAUUGAUGUUCUGCGAGUGCUGGAGCUGUCAGAGAACAUGGAGGGGGUGUCCUUGGAGUCUGGUCUCUGUACUAGCAGGAGAGGCAUGGAGGAGAUGGACCUGGCUUACAAGAUCAAAAAGAUCCAGCUUAGUGCUCCCACUAAACAGCUAUUCCCUGUUUCUAAAUUUCCUGAGAAUUUCUCCCUGAUGGCUACCAUACGAGCUAAGAAGGGCUCCCAGGCUUUCCUGCUUUCCAUGUAUGAUGACCAGGGGGUGCAGCAGCUUGGACUUGAAGUGGGCCGAUCACCUGUCUUCCUGUAUGAGGACCAGCAUGGGCAGCCCACCCCAGAACUUUAUCCCAUUUUCAGGAGGAUCAACCUGGCUGAUGGAAAAUGGCACAGGAUAGCUUAUAGUGUGCAGGACAAGACUGUGACCCUCUACUUGGAUUGCCAGAAGGUAGAGGCCUUGGAUCUGCUGCGAGGGGAGAAUGCAGUUGUCAGCACAGAGGGUGUCACUGUGGUUGGUACACGGCUGCUGGAUGAAGAUGUUUUUGAGGGGGAUAUUCAGCAACUGCUGAUUGUAAAGGACCCAAAGGCUGCUGCCAACUACUGUGCAAACUACAUACCAGACUGUGAUUCAGCUUUGCCACACAACCACCAAGCUGUGGACCUGCCGGAGUAUUCCCAUCUUGAGUCUGAUGCCUUGAUGCAAAGUGACCAGUCGGAUGAAUCAGAGGAUGUCUCCAAAAACAAAAGAAAAGGCAAAAAGAACAAAAAGAAGAGGGACAAAGGCAAACGUAAGGGCAAGGGCAAAGGCAAAGGCAAGAAGGGAUCCAGAAAGAAAAAGCAUGAAGAGGAUGGUGUUGAGGAAAACAUCCUCAAAGUGUCUACAACACUGCCAGAGUUUCAAUCACAAGAGCCAUUUCAGCCCACAGAACUACCAGAAAUUGACAGCACACUUGAAGCUGUCUUUGGCAUGGAUGUGCUUGACAAGAUCACCAUGAAGAUUCCCACACGUGAACCUGACUUCACAACUGAGGCCCCCAGUGUGAGGCCUAGCACACUGCCUGUAUCAAAGGUUACUGAGGAGGAUGACACCCCAGUGAAGAAGCCAGUGGUGGAAUAUGAAGAUGACCUUUACAGGGACCUGCACGAAGAUCUCUCAUUUUCCACCGUAACCAAGGGCCCAAAUAUUACUGAAUAUGAGUUCCUUGAAUACGAAGAUUUGAAGAAUGACACAGAAUUGGAGUAUGAAGAAUAUGAAAUUUACGAGGAUGACUUUGAAUUUGCAGAGCGAGAAAGGGCUGAAACUUUGAAUGUUGAGGCUGCACUCAGAGCAGAAAAAGGCCAGAAGGGAGAGCCAGCUAUUAUUGAACCGGGUACAGUUGUGGAAGGACCCCAUGGUUUACCGGGGCCAGAGGGACUUCCUGGCCCAGCUGGGCCAACAGGCCCUCCAGGACCCAGGGGAGAUCCAGGUGAACUGGGGCCCCCGGGACGCUCUGGUCUUGCUGGGCUUGAUGGGAUCCCAGGUCCUCCAGGAACCUUGUUAAUGCUACCAUUCCAGUUUGGAGGUGAUUCACAAAAGGGACCAGUGGUGUCUCCCCAAGAGGCACAAGCACAGGCCAUCCUGCAACAAACCAAGCUGUCACUUAAAGGGCCUCCAGGUUCAAUGGGUCUUACAGGACGGCCAGGCCCAUUGGGUGUUCCCGGCCCAUCUGGGCUCAAAGGAGACCAAGGAGACAAUGGCCCCUCUGGACCUCGCGGGUUGCCAGGCCCCCCUGGAAUUAAUGGAAAGCCAGGCAAGAGGGGACGUCCAGGUGUGGAUGGAGGUCGUGGAUCUCCCGGUGAAACUGGCUCAAAGGGUGACAGAGGUUUUGAUGGGCUGCCAGGUCUCCCAGGAAACAAAGGACACAGAGGCGACAGAGGAAAACCUGGGCCUCAUGGGCCUGUUGGAGAGCCAGGAGAGAAAGGAUCUGAUGGACCUGUGGGGCCUAGAGGGCAACCAGGCGAACCUGGUCCCCGGGGUCUUGUCGGGCAGAGGGGGCCACCUGGCCCACCUGGCCAACCGGGGAUUCGUGGAAUUGAUGGAGUGCAAGGUUCAAAGGGCAACCUGGGUCCACCUGGAGAGAUAGGGCCCCCGGGUCAACAAGGAAACCCAGGAGUGCAGGGCUUUCCUGGCCCUCAGGGUCCCAUUGGAUUGCCAGGAGAGAAGGGUCCUCAGGGCAAACAAGGCAUGCAAGGACUACCAGGCAUUGAUGGUCCUCCUGGUCACCCAGGAAGAGAAGGCCCCCCAGGAGAAAAAGGAAUCCAAGGUUUACCAGGUGCCCAGGGACCGAUUGGGUAUCCAGGGGCUCGUGGAGUCAAGGGAGCAGAUGGAGUGAGAGGUCUAAAGGGAAGCAAAGGAGAAAAGGGGGAAGAUGGCUUCCCUGGGCUUAAAGGUGACAUGGGCAUCAAAGGAGACAGGGGUGAUAACGGAGCUCUUGGUCCUCGUGGAGAGGAUGGACUAGAGGGACCAAAGGGUCAAACAGGACCCGCAGGUGAUCCAGGAGCUCCUGGAAUAGCUGGGGAGAAGGGUAAACUUGGUGUGCCUGGUUUGCCGGGAUACCCAGGAAGACUAGGUCCUAAGGGAUCACUCGGCUUCCCUGGUGGGACAGGGGUCUCAGGAGAGAAAGGACGAAGGGGUCCAGGUGGACAGCCAGGUCCUGGGGGCCAAAGAGGGUCAAAUGGAGCCCGAGGGGGAAGAGGAGCAAGGGGGCCAACAGGAAAACCGGGAGAAAAGGGUUCUGCUGGACAGGAAGGUCCUCCUGGUUCUCCCGGAGAGCAGGGCCCUCAAGGACCACAGGGAAGGAAUGGUGAGCCAGGACCCAAAGGGCCUAAUGGUUCACCUGGAAAGGAUGGAUUACCAGGCCAUCCAGGUCAAAGAGGAGAACCAGGAUUCCAAGGCAAGAAUGGACCUCCUGGGCCACCAGGAGUUGUUGGACCUCAGGGAAAAUCUGGUGAGACAGGGCCAACUGGAGAUAGAGGCCAUCCAGGUUCACCAGGACCACCAGGUGAGCAUGGUUUACCUGGGACUGCUGGAAAGGAGGGUGCCAAGGGAGAUCCAGGUCCACCAGGAGCUCCAGGAAAGAGUGGUCCUGCUGGGCUUAAAGGCUUCAGGGGGAGCAGAGGGACCUCUGGUGCAAUGGGUCCUGCAGGUCUAAAAGGAGGAGAGGGGCUUCCUGGUGUUUCAGGACUUAUUGGUGCCCCUGGAGAGAGGGGCCCUGCUGGGUUGGCAGGUGCUAUUGGCCAGCCAGGACGACUUGGUGGUGUGGGUCCAGCUGGGCCAAUGGGAGAGAAGGGCGAGCCAGGGGAGAAGGGAACUGUGGGGCCAGCUGGGCAUGACGGGGAACUUGGACCUAUGGGGCUACCAGGAGUUGCAGGACCACCUGGGCCUCCAGGGGAGGAUGGAGACAAGGGAGAGACAGGAGGACCAGGCCAGAAGGGCAGCAAAGGAGACAAAGGAGAAGCUGGACCCCCAGGACCUACUGGCAUUCAAGGACCUGUGGGCCAACCAGGACCAUCUGGUGCAGAUGGAGAGCCAGGUCCUCGUGGGCAACAGGGUGUCAAUGGGGCAAAAGGUGAUGAAGGGCCAAGGGGCUUUAAGGGGGCUGCUGGUCCUUCUGGACUACAGGGGAUGCCUGGACCACCAGGGGAGAAAGGAGAAAGUGGGCAUGUUGGCUCUUUGGGACCUCCAGGACAGCACGGCCCACGAGGCCCUCAAGGACCUAUUGGUGGAGAGGGCCCACCUGGUUUGCCUGGAGGAGUUGGUCAACCUGGACUUGUUGGUGAAAAGGGGGAGGAUGGAGAAGCAGGAGACCCUGGGUCAGUUGGAGAGCCUGGUAAUAAUGGUGCUAAAGGUGAUGUAGGCGAGAAGGGUGACUCUGGCCCUCCUGGUGCUGCUGGACCUCCUGGACCCAGAGGAGCACCAGGAGAAGACGGACCCAAAGGCAAUCUUGGUCCUAUUGGAUUUCCUGGAGAUUCUGGACCACCUGGAGAACCAGGUUCCAAUGGAGUAGAUGGUUCACCUGGAUCUAAAGGAGACAAUGGAGAACCUGGAAAAGCAGGACCCCCAGGAGCUUCUGGAGAGCCAGGACCUCCUGGACCUCCUGGACGAAGGGGUCAUGUAGGUGCUGCAGGUAAAGAGGGGAAACAAGGCAUGAAAGGAGCCAAAGGAGCAACAGGAGCUCUGGGUCAAGUGGGAAAGACAGGCCCAGUAGGACCCCAAGGACAGCCAGGAAGGCCUGGUCCAGAGGGGCUUCGAGGCAUUCCAGGACCUGCGGGCGAACAUGGGUUAAAUGGGCCACCAGGGCAAACUGGACCACCAGGACCAUUAGGGCCACCAGGACUUCCAGGAUUGAAAGGAGACCCUGGAAACAAAGGAGAAAAAGGUCAUGGUGGGUUGAUUGGUCUAAUAGGGCCCCCUGGAGAAUCUGGUGAGAAAGGAGACAGAGGCCUGCCAGGAAAUCAGGGUUCACAAGGACCUAAAGGAGAUGAGGGUGUGGCAGGCCCACAUGGUCCCACUGGCCCACCUGGGCCACCUGGACUCUCUGGUGCAGCUGGUGAGAAAGGAUCGAAGGGAGAGACAGGUGGCAUUGGUCCUAUUGGAGAUCCAGGCCCUGCUGGUCCUCCAGGGUCCCCUGGACCUCCUGCAACAAUGGUGCAACCCCUACCUAUUAGGGAGGGCAGACGUAAGAAACGAAGGCACUCAGAUCGGGCAAGAGCCGAAUCCAGAGAGGAAGAUGUAGAUCCGGAUAUGAUGGCGUUCCUCCAAGGAGAUCAGCCUCUAGAGGAUGCUGAGGGAAUGGAGGAAGUCUUUGCCACUCUUUCUUCUAUGAAGAAUGAAGUGGAGCUCAUGAGAAGGCCUCUUGGAACUUUUGAGAGCCCUGCUCGGACCUGCAAAGAGCUCAUGAUGGUUCAUCCUUAUUACAAAGACGGAGAAUACUGGAUAGAUCCUAACCAGGGCUGUCACAAAGACUCGAUCAAGGUCUACUGUAACUUCACAGCCGAUGGACAGACCUGUCUCUACCCUGACAAAAGGUUUGAGAUGGUGAAAUUAUCAGCAUGGAACAAAGAGAAACCAGGAAGCUGGUACAGUCAAUACAGGAAGGGCAAACAGUUUUCCUACAAUGACAGGGAUGGGAGCCCUGUACACGUAGUUCAACUGACCUUCUUAAAACUGCUAAGUGCCACAGCCAAGCAAAGCUUCACGUAUACCUGUCAGAACUCAGCAGGCUGGUUUGACAGCGCCUCCCUCUCCUAUAAGCAUGCCCUCCGCUUUCGGGGCAGCAACGAUGAGGAGCUGACACAUUCCAAAAGCCCAUUCAUCACAGCAGUGCAUGAUGGAUGCCAGUUCCGUAAAGGUCAAGACAAAACCAUUUUAGAGAUCGACUCCCCUUCAGCAGAGCUGCUCCCUAUCCUAGAUGUGGUGCCUGCAGACUUUGGCAGCAACAACCAGAAGUUUGGAUUUCAAGUUGGACAUGUGUGCUUCAAUGGCUAACGUCUUGGCAGCAACAAACACAUAAGAAGACAUUCACAGGAGGUUUUCAGUGAAAGAAACUGGACUUUAACCGGUACUCCAACAAUAUUUAUUUUGUUAUGUUCCAGCAUGUGGGUUUGAGUUUUAAGACUCUUCAAUGGCCAAUGAAAUAUUUUCUAAGGCUUUAUAGCUGUAUGUGCUAAAGCAAGAAAGAAAAGAUAUGCAACAACAGAAGCAAAGGUCAUUUACCAAAGGAAAUUAUUGCAGUUAGAUAUAUUUAAAUAUGUUUUUAUUGUUGUUUCUGUUUUCUCACUGUUUUACUGGGCUAUAAUGGAUCCUCUGGAAUUAUGGGGACUAUGCCACUUGACAACAACCGAUUAUAAACACAAUGGAUCUGUGCAGUCACAGUUAGUAUUACUGUUUUGCAGCGCAGUUGACUUUGCAGCCUAUGGAUGUCUCAUAGCUUCCAAAUCAAGUAGACAUCCAAAGCAAAAAGUGGAGACCAAAUAAAUCAGAGCUGUGGCGUUCAUUUGCAUGCUUGGAUUUCACUUUAAUGACUAGUUGUGAACUAGCCUAGCAUAAUAAUUCCACACGAGCACUAUAAUUAAUUUCCUGUGAGCAGGAAUGAUAAAUUGUCCUUUUUACCCUUCAAGUGCAGUUUGCUCAGUGAAUUGCCUUGUUUUGUAUUCAUUUGGUGUUGCUAGUUAUUGAGCCUGACACUUACUUGAAUGAAUAAGGUUGUUUCCUGUAUUGGACUGCUUCCCCCCAUAUGCUUGAUAAUAAGCUGUUGGAGCCCUCCAUGUUUCAGCAGACCUAAAUACUGUAUGUAUCAGAGUUCCAUCCUUUCAGCAGCGGUAUGCACUUGCUAUAACAUAUCCCAGCACUCAAGCUGGGGAUAUUUCCAGGCUUGAAUUAAGAGGAUGAAUUAAGAACAUGCUGAUUAAAAUGUUCCCUUUUCCAAAGUGCAGUCCUUCAUACCAAGAGACAUUUCAAGCAUCUCCUGAGAGUAUUUUUUUAAUUGCUGACUUAACCUGUUUAGAUUUUUCUGCCCAACUCAGUUUUUUUUCCUCCUCUGUUUUGUUCAUAUGCUGAAAUUUGAACAGAAUGCAUUUCUAUUCUGGCAUGAAUUGCUCUUCAGUGGUGCUAAAGAUGAUUCUUAUUUGUGUAACUAUGUUUGUGUGUCUCUGUGGGCAGGAUUAUAGGACUGGAGAGUUAGAGGGUUAUUGCUCUUUCAGCAGUACGAAAUGCCCUCAGAGGCUGGGGAUGUGUCUCCUGUUUGUGGCACAUCUUCUGGCUGAUUGUGUCAUUUUCACAGAGCCAGUAAAAGGAGGCAAAGAAUAGUUCAGAGCAACACAGCUAAUUGCUUUAAAGGGAGAAACCACUCUUGAUCUGCCGCUCAUAUAAUUUUGGGAUAGUAAAUUGGUUUCAGCACAGUGUAAUUAUAAUUAAGAAUGGAGCUAACAGAUUUCAAUAGGUUGAUUUUUUUUUAUAUUUUUUCUCAAUGAUUUUAUAGUGAAUUGAAAAAUAUCACAAGUAAAAUCACGAUGGGUGCUGAUAUGAUGUCGCAAGAACACUCUAUUAUUCAGAAUUUGUUUUUAGAUGAUGAAAUCACUACUGUCUCUCUCUGCAGAUUGGCUGAAGCAUCUUUGAAUUGAAUUGGUAAAUGGAGCUGUGAAAUACCACAGAAAUAGCAAAUGUGAGUGAAUCGUACUUAAUGGCUGAUUUUCCCUUGAGCAAAUGAAAUUUCUUGAUGCUCUAACUACCUCCUCAGACUAAAAAAUGUAGGCUACAUGAACAAUGUGUAAUUAUGUUAUUUAGUCCUGCUUUUCCACUUGUUUCAUAGCAUUCAAGCAAUACUGUUUUUGUUUCUCUUCUCCUUUCCCGUAAUGCUGUGCCAUACAUGUGUAUAGUGUUUGUUGUACUAAUUUUAUAUACUGUACAGUUAUUCUUAGGACUCUUUGAGCAAGAACCUUAUGCCUGAAUGAAAACAAAUGUUUUUUUCAAAAGGUGCUGUGCAAAUAAAAACCACAACAAGU